UGUGUCAGAACAGAAACCCGAACGCGUGCCUUAAGAAUACUUCACACGAUUUUAACAAAAGCGGGUAUUUAGACUGGAAAGACUUCGACUUAUGCAGACAGGAGAUAUGUCGAAUAAGCGGCUGGAAGAGCGAGGGCCAAGAGGAGAGGGUUCGUGCCUGCAGUGUAUUUCUGUCGGUGUGGGAAAAGCUCCAGGCCGUGGCAGAUUUCGACAGUGAUGGUCACAUCACAGCUGAAGAAUGGAUCAAAAUGUGGACCAAUCUGGCACUGAAUGCGACAACAUCAAAGAAAAGAAAAAUCAAAGACAAGGCCUGUCCUCCCCCUGCCGCUGGCCUCACCCACAACAUUCCUGAUUGGUUGGACGACUAUAUUGAAUAUCGCUUUAGUUUAUACGACAGAACCAGAGAUGGAAUCAUCGAUAUUGAGGAAUUCGAGUAUGUUCUGUCAGACUUUGGAGUUCCUGCAAAAGAUGCCAGGACUGCAUUCAUCAUAUUCUCAAAGAACCAAGAAAAGGUCGUCGAUUUAGAGUAUUUCAAGGAACUGUCUUUCGAAUAUUUCCAGUCGGAUGAGCCGAGUGAUUUGGGCAACUUCAUUACGGGCAGACUGAACUUCCUCGAUUGAAAUCAAACACCGCGUUUCUUGCGAAAAUUGUAUCGAACCAAAACGCGUUGGAGUGUUGCGUGGGGCAUCUUAAAAAAUAAUACUUGGACACAUCUAAAACAGAUGCGAAAAUAGAUGUUAUGCUUGAACAUAAAUCCAGAUACGAACGUGAAAAUGAACACAUGUACACACACACACACACACACACACACAUACACACAAAUAUUACAUGUAUAUUUAUAGACAUAUACACACUUAUUAGCACACACAUACGUACAUACAUACAUACAUAUAUAUAUGCGUAUAUGCUCGCUCAUUCAUGCAUGAAUAGGUAUGAAUAAGAAAAUACAUGUAAUUAUAUACACGUUAUUGUCUCUCUGUGUAUACGUGUAUAUGUGUAUAUAUAUAUACAAGUAUAGAGUGAGAUAUAUAUGCUGUAUGUGUGUGUAGUUUGAAUAAUGACUUAAUGGGACAGUGCUGAACAACAACAAUAAAAUUUAUUUAUUAUG